CGUCUGUGUUGGCGUCCCGCUGCCCGCCCAAGCCCUCCUGCGCCGCCUCUGCUCGCCCACCAGUCUUGAUUCUCUUCCAGGCACUCAAACCCUCUCUCCAUACACUCUACACUCACCACCCCGUCUCCCGCCAGAACCUGACUCACCACUCAACCAGUUCGUCUCCAUCGCCCUCCAACUGCGUCCAUCCUUCGUACCAUCGCCAUCUGUACUCGUUCCUACCCUCGUUCGCACUGCGCGACGCAUCACCACCACUUCCCUUUGCUGGCUUCCCGCCCUCGUCCUUGGCUUUCUCUGACCGCCGCCGCUCACCCACGCUCGCACCCUCCCACGCACACGCACCCUUCCGACCGUGACGCCCUGAGCCAGACCCGCCAACGCUGGCUCUUGUCUCGCUGCACUCGCAUCAUUUGCAGCAUGACGCUGAGGAGUAUCGUCUCCCCGAACUUCCCGUGAUGACCAGUGGCAGCAGUACCUCUCCCACCGCUGCCGCUCACCACAGACGCACUUCGUCUCAUUCUUCCUCCUCUCACCGGCACCAUCCCGUGCGCAGUCCGUCUGACCGGCCCACAUCACUGUCAAAGUCGCAGUCGCCCUCUCCAGAGCAGGCGAGGAAACGCGCCAAUUCGUCCAAAGUCGUUAACGGGCACGCUGAGCCGUCCAAGACGUCGAAUGGUCAUGCCGACUCGGAAGCUGAAACGGACAUUCUCAGCGACGACGAGCACACCCGGGCCGGAACCAAGAAGAAAGUGGUAAAGCGAGAACCCAAGGACGACGCUGAUGCCUCUAGUGUGAGUCUAAAGUCGCGAACGGACCCCACACGCAGCCAAUCCGUCAGUCGAGCCUCGAGUCUCAAUGGCGACACCGCCGACAGGAAGGAACGCAAGCCUAACGGUACCGACGGACGUGAGAACGGACACGCGAAGACGGCAUUAAAAGAAAGACCGCGCUUAUCGAACGACGUGAACAAGGUUUCAUCGCGUGCUCAGUCCGCUGAUGCGACGAACUCGCCCAACGACCUCAGCGACCGAUCCAGGCAGGUCCACUCGGCCGAACCUCGCAAGCGGAAGUUCAGCGAUGCACAGAAACCGUCCAAACUCGAGCCGCCACGUCAAAAGCCACGCUUAGAUGAGGCCGUCAAGUCGGCGAAGUCGCAAAAACGUCCCUCGUCUCCGCCAACUCCAGGCACACCGGGCCUACGCUCCUCUCAUCGAAGAUCGGCUUCAACACAAUCCACGAACCUGACGAGCGCCGGGCUGGGAUCGACGCGUUCGCGACGCGACACCUCAGGCACUUCAAUGCCGUCAGGAAAUAAAGAGUGGGCGACGAGCGACAUGUCCUCGGACGAAGCAGCGUCCUAUCCACCAAUUCCGAAGCUGGCACCUCCUCCCCGGUCUGGGCGAGCUGCAUAUCGUGCCAUGACGUCUCCGGCACGGACUGCUCCUGCUAGCAAGCGCGCCGACAAGUUUGGCUCCACCCCACUUGCCCGAGCAUGCGAGAAGGGCAACUUCAAGGCCGUCCGCCAAGCGUACGAGGAGGCGCCCGGUGAGAUUGACCAGACCGAUAACGGUGGUUUUGCACCUCUACAGAAGGCUGCGCUGGCAGGUUACGCGGACAUCGUUCAGUUCUUACUCGAGAAAGGCUGUCGAAAGGAUUGCUGUUCUAAAGAUGAACAGGAUACGCCGCUCAUCGACGCCGUGGAGAACGGACAUGUCGAGGUCGUUCGAUUAUUGUUAGAACACGGAGUGAAUCCCCAUCACCAAAACAAAAGCGGCAAGCGAGCCAUUGAUGCUAUCGACGAUGACGAAGAAUACGCCCCAGAGCUACGUGCAAUGCUCCAGAAGGCUAUGCAAGAGUAUGUUGGUUCGGAAUCCGACGACGAGGAUGACGAUGACGACCCGGAUUUCCCCCUGAUUCGGCCGGAGGACAAGAACCGAGCAGAUCUACUAUAUUUGGAGCCGAACCGAGCAAACUUGCUUGACUACGCGCGCAAAGGGGAUGUCGUUGCAGUUGAUCAUUUCCUUAGCAGUGUUAAACCUGACAACUCACACGCUGUAGUAGCAGCCAGAGCUGGUCACCAUCUGGUUCUGAACCUUCUUUUGGCGUCGGCGGGCCAACAGCUCGAGAAAGAUCCAGAUCCAGCCAAGUACGACGAAACGCCUCUGCUUGCGGCGAUCGGCCGAGGUCAUCUCAGGGUCAUCAAGCUCCUGCUCGAACAGGACAACUUCAACCCAACUCGCAGAACCAAAAAUGGAAAGUUGUAUUGGGAGGUUGCCGAAGAGAGACGGGGACCAAAAUGGCAGGCGGAAAGAGAUCUGCUCAAGAAAUACUAUGAUGCGUACAUAGCUAAGAAUAAAAAGACUAGUCCGAAAGAACGGUCGCCAUCACCACAAGCAGUCAAAGAGAAGAAGACUACACGAAAACCUCCGGUAUCGUCUCCAAACAACAAAGACGCGAAACGCAAGUUCAGACCAGUGCUUGAAUCGUCAGAAAGCGAAGAUUCCGAGGAGGAAGUCCGGGUGCGUAAAAAGCCUAUGCGUGAAAGAAGAUCAUCCCUGGUGAGUAGGGGUUCGAAUAACGAUCCUCCUUCGCCUGUGGCCAGCCGUAAGUCCUCUGACGGAAAGGCCAUCAAGCGCGAGGACUUGAAAAGCACCAAGGACGUCAAGGAUAGCAGCAAGUCCAACUCUCGGAAAGCCUCAAGCGACAAACGUCACUCGACGGACUCAAAAUUUGAUGACAAGCCAGAAAAGCCGGACAAGUCCGAGAAACCUGCGAAAGCGACAACGCCCGAAUCUGUUCGAGAAGCGCGAAAGGCUGAGGAAGAAGCCAAAGCCGCUGAAGCUGCCGAAAAAGCCGCCGAGGCUGAGCGCAGGAAACGCGAAGCUGAAGAGGCAGCUGCGAGAGAAGCAGCGCGCAAGGCAGAAGAGGAGCGUCUAAAGAAAGAGAAGGAAGAACAGGAGCGCAAAGAAAGAGAGGAAAGAGAGCGCAAGGAAAAGGCCGAACGCGAGGAGCGUGAGCGACGCAUUGCAGCUUUACCAACUGCUCUUCGAAUCGCCGUAGAGAAGGGCUCUUCACGACCGUUACACUUUCGCCCAGCAACGAAAGAUCAUCCUGAAGAGUUGGGCAUCAGCAUGCAGUUCCUACCAAUUCAAACGGCGCCUCUACGAAACAUCGACCCUAAUUGCAAUGAGGGUCAGAGAGACGAGUUAUACAUCAUGAAUUUUCAAGCUGUCGGUAUUCUUGGUCUUCCCUCCGAGCUUCGCAUGACCGAAUUCCCAGACUGGGAGAAGAAGCCCGUCACUAACGAGCAGCGCGACUUGUUCCUCGACAGCUAUGACCUCUCCAAGCUGGCUCAAGAAUAUCGUUGGCCUCAGGCUGGUGAAUCUGGUCACGACCACGCCAGCAUCUCGAAAGCUCUGAAGGAAACCAGAGAGGCUUUCCUAAAGAUGGAGCCGCUGCAGUGGAUUAAAUUUGCUGACUUCGAGGCUGCACUCAAGCGGCCCGAAUAUAAGCAUCUUGAAGGCCUACGAAUGAGAACCUGCAAUUGCCGAAUCAAGGAGGAGCCUGACUCAGCCAUCGACAUUUCAUUUUUAUUUGAUGACGAUGAGCCAGCGCCUUCGGUGACGGACGUGGACGUGGAUAUGGAGAAGGGCAGUGGAAAAGGAAAAGAGAAGGACACAAAAGCCGAGCCGGACACUGUGACCGCUAUGAAGGACCAAACUUCUGCAGAGGGGGUCACUUGAUUGUUGCCGACAAGCACUUGUAAUACUCAAAAACUCGUCAGACCGCGGGUAGGUUGGGCCAAAUAUAACCCACGCAGUUGAAAAAAAAAAGCGUACUCUGUGGGCCCAUUUUCUGGCACCAGAUAAAUUCCGCACAUAACGGUCAAAGGUUUACUUUUGGAACUGUGUACUCCACUAAGGUGGGAACUCAAUAUCAUGAUUUGGCGCAGAAUUUUUAACCUUCUUUUGGAGACCCAUGGUGCUUUCUCUGAAGAUGUCAGCUGGCGGCGGACGGGUAUCCACCAGUCUCACGGUCACGAAACUCAUGUGGACAAGAAAUUAGAAUUCGUCAUGUUCCAAUGUCCUACGCGCUUGCUAUACUCGUAUCUUUUUAUUCGCGUUCUUCAUUAAUCAUUAUAGGAUCCCUCGACCAAGGAAUGAGGCUGAUUCUAAUCAUGCUAUGUACAAAAUACCAGCGCGUACGCGACGCGCUUCAGCAUAGAAUUAACGAUGUACGGUCGUCGGGGAACCCGCCUGUUCCACAACACGCUUCAUUCUUUUCCACGUCUGCCUCUUGUCGCUGACUUUAGCUGCCGCCCACGUUGGACAAAUCCAGAGUGGCAUUGAGCGCAAGGUUCCUCGAACUGGCCCCCACAUAGACGGUCUUGGGGUACGAAGUGAUGACCCAAUUCUGGCUUGCAGGAUCCCAGUUGCUCAGGUCUUUCCUCGUCAGAUUGGCCGUAAAGGUGGCGGAGGCACCAGGAGCGAUAGUCAGCCUGUCAAAGC